UGUACUUCAGCUAAUUGCCGUGGCUGUCCUGGCUUCCCCGCUUGGGGAUUCACAGCCAGAUCACCCCCAGGCAGAGAGACUUUCGAGGAGUAGCCUUUCCACAACAUUGGAGCUUUCACCAUGGACCAACCAGGGUUCCGUGUUCUCCACAUUCUCUUGGGCUUGUCCUGGGCACAGCUGGGAGCUGCCCAACAGAGCGGCUGCAACGACUGCUACAUGCUGCGUCCGAGCACCAUCGCGGGCAUCGUGCUGGGGGAUUUGCUGCUGACGUUGCUCAUUGCGCUGGCUGUCUACUUCGUGGCCCGCCACAUCUCUUGCCGAUCUGCUCACAGUGGUGGCGUAAACAAGGCGCAGAAUGAAUCCCCCUACGAGGAGCUUCAAGCGCACAGAAUGGAUGUUUAUAGUGAUCUGAAGACUCCUCAGUCCACUUACAAAUAGUCUUCCUUCUCAUCUUGUUCUGUUGAACUUUACAAGCUCCGAAACAGCUUUAGCUUUAGAAGCUCCAAAAUCGAAGAUAUCUGUUCAAGUCUGCUCGGAAACUGAACUUUCAUGGCAGGCUUUUCAGCAUGAAUUCAGUUCUUUUCAGUAUGUACUUUCUCUGCUGUGACGAUCUGACCCAUUUUAGGGUAUGUCCCUCACACGUGCACACACAUCCAUGGUAAUAUGGAUAAAAUUUCCCUGGGUUGCCACACAGUGUGGAGAAGUUGGAGAAGAAGGGCAUCCCAGGGCUACCCAACCAGGGGCCUUUUCCUCAGGCCGUGGCCAGUGGCCACGUGUGUGCUGCAACCCAAGCCAUGCCUUCCUGCAAAGUACAUGUGCCAAAAACAAUGGUGCCUCUCAAGUUUCGUUUUUGCCCAAGAACCAAUGGAUCUGGUUCCAUACUCAGAGUAAACCCAUUGAAAUCAAUGGGAGUCAUGUCAGUCAUGGCUGACGGAAGGUGCAAUUCUAUGUGGGUUUACACCUACAAAAGUCCAUGCUGACUGGAGAAUGCUGAGAGCUAUAGCAUGUUUUUCGUUCUAAAUAUGUAUAGGAUUAUGUCCGUAAAGACCCUUAGAUUUCAGCAGAUCUCCUUGAAGAAUGAUCAGAUCUGGGUCCAUUCUAUUCCUUUUGUGUUAUAAUUUUCAAAUCUAAUUAGCACACAAUCCUCUGGGAUAUUUUCCUGCAAGGAAAUGAAUGAGAACUAUUUUAACUUUUUAAGGUUUGAUGCAUUAUUAAGCUGGUAUAUUUUAA